AUGUUUAGUAGCUACGCCGUAGAAGCAGACAACCUCAACACCCUCGUUGGCUUUCGGCGGCGAGUCUCCUUGCCUAGGUGUGUUUCGGCCGGGAGAAGCUUGAUCUCGGACUGCCGUAUCAAUCAAACUACGCCUGACAGCAUCGUGUCAAACAUGAGCCCUUCGCAUAAGCGAGAAGGGCCCGACCCGGAGCCAGACGCGGAGCACGACACCGAGUUUGGCACGGAACACGACGCGGAGCACGACACCGAGUUCGGUACGGUGGCCAACACGGAGCCAGACGCAGAGCACGACACGGACGCUCAACACCGAGGGAACUCUUGUCGAUGGGCAGCUGGACCUAAUUGA